AGUAGAAACAACUACCGAGGUUUGGGGGUAAACGUAUGUGGCCUUUCAAACAUAAUUUAUUGUUUAUUUAUUGAAUUUGUUAAGUACAAGAGGGGCGUAAACUUAAUUGUCUGUACAGUAAUUCCAGUGAGUUUGUUCAUUGACAUUACAAAACCGAACUUCGUACUUUCUUCUUCAGGAGGCCCAAAGUUUGAAACUUGGUGUGGAGACUGACUGUCUUUGCAAUGUUUUAUUUUGUUUUUGAGAUUGAUAAUGGAAUUUAAAGUGGGAAGUUUGGCUAGCCUUAUCUCAGGAUCAAAAUCACCAGCUGCUGCAAAAAAAUCAAAACUUUUCCAAAAUGUCAGUGAAGGGAAAAUCAACAUAAAAUUUCAAGCCAUGCAUAACUCUGAGAAGGAAAGAGGCAAAAUAAAAGCUACUGAUGAGUUUUCAGGAUCAUAUGUACUCUCAAAUGCUUACAGAAACAAAACUAAGGCUGAUACUGUGGAGCCUGAAAGCGUAAAAUCAAGCGCUUCGUAUGCUGUGAAACGCACUGAGAAGAAAAUGAGAAGAAAAAUUACAUUACAAAAUGAAGACGUCAAAGAGAAUCGCGUUGCUCGAUCCAUAUUUGUCGGCAACGUGCCACACUCUGUGACCAUGAAGAAGCUUAAGAGACUGUUUAAGAAAUAUGGUACGGUGGAAUCUGUGAGGCUUCGUUGUCCUCCGUUGGCAGAUCCGAGGGUCCCCAAAAAGGUGGCAGUAAUUAAGAGAGACUUCCAUCCUGAUAGGAAUAGUAUUCAUGCUUUUGUUACCUUUCAUGAUUCAGAAUCUGCUCAGAAAGCUCUUGUGGCAAAUGGGACAAUUUUUGAAGAACAUCACAUCAGAGUGGACAUGGCUUCAGGAAAAACAGAUUAUGACCAGAAAAAAGCAGUGUUUCUUGGAAAUGUACCAUUCGCUGCUGAAGAUGAUGAUUUAUGGAAAAUCUUCGAGUCCUGUGGCAAAAUUUCUAGCAUCCGAUUGGUACGAGACAGAACGACUGGUGUGGGAAAAGGAUUUGCUUACAUCAAUUUUGAGAGUGCUGAUUCUGUGGAACUUGCACUAAAACUUGAUGGUGAAGAGUUAAAUAAAAGAAAACUUCGUGUGCAGCGAUGCGUUAAGAAACCAAAAGGAAAACCUCAUAGCGGAACGGAAAACAGAAACCGAGAAUUGAAAAAGUCAUUCCCAAAAACGGAACGCAAUGAAGAAACAAACAUAGCAGAAGAACAUGAAAAUAAGGGGAAUGUGUGUAAUAUUUUUGAUUCUGAUAAAAAGCCAGAGAUAAAACAUACAGAGCCUAGUAAAGAGUUUUCUCAGUUCCAAGGACAGAAAAUCACAGGAAAUAAAAAGCUGAAAAAGAAAAAGAACAAAAGUGAACUGAAAAAGAAGGCUCUGAUCAUUAAGCUGGCUCCAAAAUCAAAGGUUGCGCUUAAGAAAGUGAAGAAACCUGCUUUAAAAAUAAAGUCUUUAGCAAAGAUGAUUAAGUUAAAGCUUUCAAGAAAAUAAAAAUUGUGCAGUAGUUGGUGAGUUAUGCGAUUCCGUAUAACGAAGCUCUGCAAACCAGUUUGUAGAAAAUGAAAGCAGAGACAUCUGAGUUUUGGAUCUGUCACACACAUACACAAUCAUGUGUAUGUGCGUGUGUGUGUAUACAUAUAUACACAUAACUUAUACUGCUAUGAUAAUUUGGAAUCAGUAAGUUGAUUUCUGCCAUAGUAAAAGCCUGUUAUUAUAACCGAGGCUGUACAACUUUGUGCAUCAACAUCAUUGAAGUCAAAUUUCAUAAUGUUGCUCUUCUGAAUGAACUUUUAUAAUAUAAAGUUACCUACUCAUCACCCUGGUGAUGGAGACAGCAAGCACCUGUGAAAUAUCAGUAUACUUCGACCAGACUACACAGUGCAACAUUAUAGAAGACGGCCAUCUUUUUUCCUUGAUUACUGAGCCUAACAUUAUUAGAUGAGUUUGUUACUUUGUAAGAUAAUGUCAUGACUGCUAAAAAUGUAUAUGAAAUAAUGUUCCUCAUUAUGUACCACUAAACUAACCAAUUCAUCUUUCAUGAAUUUGUAUUUUUCCAUUACUUAUUUUCUUUCUGCAUCAAAUUGUCAUUAUUGUCUUAGGUUAGAGAUUUACAACUUUCUGUCAUCAGAAGACUGGUCACCUGCAGGCCACAUUAAGUCAUUUUAUCGGGUUAUUUAAUAAUAUUGUAUCCAUAAGUAAAGUAAAUAUAGUGUUAGUAGAGGACUUAUCAAAUCACAGUUUGAUUUUUAGAAACAGCGUCAGAAUCAGUUAUGUAAAAAAGAGUGAAUGUUUUUAUUGUAAUCAAGUACAUAACAGUUUUUAUCAAAGUGCAUUUUAAUUGAAUGUAAAUUAAAAAUGUAUAAGUAAACAAAAAAUAUAAUAAACCCAUCAUUUUUAUUAGUGAUA